GGCCGGAAAUGACAUCAUUACAUGCGGUAAGGGACCUGUGGGAACGCCAUUUUAGCUGGCUGACUGGCUGUUCAUCAUGGCCGGGUACACGGACGAUCAAAUUAGUGACUACCAGGAGGCCUUCUCCCUGUUUGACAACCGAGGGGAUGGCAAGAUCAACAUCUCCCAGCUCGGCGAUGUUCUUCGCGCCCUUGGCCAGAAUCCCACCGAAGCUGACGUGAAGAAGUGCUGCCACCAGCUCAGACCUGAUGAACGGAUCAGUUUCGAUGUGUUCCUUCCAAUCCUGCAAACGAUCAGCAAGAACCGUAGCACAGACACGGCCGAGGACUUCAUUGAAGGCCUGCGCCAUUUUGACAAAGAUGGCAAUGGCUACAUCAGCUCAGCCGAGCUGAGGCACCUAUUGACCACCUUGGGUGAAAAGCUGACUGACGACGAAGUGGAGCAGCUUCUUGCUGGCCAAGAGGACUCUCAAGGAAACGUCCACUACGAAGACUUCGUGAGAAUGGUGAUGAACGGCUGAACUCUGCGGUGCAGCAUCUCCAAAGCUGGCUCGUAGAGAGUCGGCGGUUUAUGAAAUGUGGGGCCAACUCUUCAUUCCACAAAGAAUGUGCUCUGUGCUGCCAGAGAGGAGACCAUAACUCAGUGCAAAUGUAUUGACUGCAUUGACGACUAUGUAUUUAUGCUUCAUGAAUGGUCUGGGAAAUAAAAAUUUCUGCAAAAAAAAAAAAAA